GUGGUGGUUAGCAAUCUGUUACCUCCGCCAGCUUCGACCGGGGGUGUGCGUCACCUUCCCCCCGCAUCGCUUGCGGCCUGGGAUGGCCUUGGGCCCUGAGAUGACCCGCACCUUCCACCUGGGUCACCAGGAUGCGAGAGGAUAACCCGGUCGCCUCUCCCUUGCGGUGCCUGGACCCUUCGGGUACCUGGAAAGCUCUGUUGACCUGGAUGCACACGAAGCGCCCGUCGCCGGGGCGUUGGACAGAGUUAUGCCAGCCAGAGAGAGCCACCAUGGGGACGACAGCCCCAGGGCCCAUCCACCUGCUGGAGCUGUGUGACCAGAAGGUCAUGGAGUUCAUCUGCAACGUGGACAAUAAGGACUUGGUGUGGCUGGAGGAAAUAAAGGAGGAGGCCGAGCGCAUGUUCAUCAGAGAAUUUAGCAAUGAACCUGAGCUGAUGCCCAAAACACCUUCUCAGAAGAACCGACGGAAGAAGAGACGGAUUUCUUAUGUUCAGGAUGAAAACAGAGACCCCAUCCGGAAAAGGUUGUCCCACAGAAAGACACGGAGCGGCCGGCUGAGCUCCCGGCGCCUCCGCAGCAAGGACAAGCUGGAGAAGCUGGCCCCAGUGGCAGGGGAGGAUGGCCCCGUCUUGCGGCGCGUGACCCGUGCUGCGGCUGCCGCUGCGGCCGCCACCGUGGCCUUGACAGCACCUUUGCCUGCCUCUGAGUCUCCCAUGGCACUGACAAAUAAGUCUGGGGUGAGCCUCGCGCGGGGCCAGCUGGUACCCGUAGUGGAGAUAGGCACCAGUGAGCAACAGAGCGCCAAGCAGCACCUCAGCCAGCUCAGGUCUUCCUCGGCUGUACCCCCAGCCCUGGCCCCAGCCUCCCCCAUCACCUUGACUUCGGACGAGGAAUCAACUCCCAAGAAGCCAGAGGCAGGGAGACUGGAGUCUGUCAUCCUCAGCUCCCUGAUGACUACACCCCAGGACCCCAAGGGGCGAGGGGCUGGAGCAGGGCGGUCCGCCUCCAAGCUCAGGAUCGCGCAGGCCUCCCCGGGCCUGCAGGACAUGCCUGCCUCUCCGGCCUCCUCGUGGCAGGAGCGGGUGCUGGCUCCCAUCCUGCCGGAUAACUUCUCCACGCCCGUGGGUGCCCGCCUGGACCGGAGGUCGGUGCGGCGCAGCCUGAUCUCUCCGUCCUCCCCGGGGCCCCAGCCUUCUCUGGCCCAGAAGUACUCGCUGGUGACCAAACAGACCGCCGUCCGCAGGUCCAGCAGGAUUGCCAAGAAGGCCACCGAAGAGCCGGCCGCUUCCGCCCGCAUCAUCUGUCACAGUUACCUGGAGAGGCUCCUAAAUGUUGAAGUACCCCAAAAAGUUGGCCCUAAGCAGAAGGAGCCGGGCGAGGAGACUGAGCCUGUGGAGCCCGUGGAGGCAGCUGAGCCAGAGACCCCCAAGAACGACGGGAGCACCUCAUGGCCUCGCAGUGCCACCAAGGUCGCCAUCAGCACCCCUGGCUCGCAGCCUGCGGUUGGUGGCCAGGCCAUGCCCUCAGAAGGGCAGCCAGAGGCCAAGACUGAUCGGGCAGCCGGCCCCAAGGAGCCACCCCAGAGUGUCAGGAGGAAGCGCAGCUACAAGCAGGCCAUGAGUGAGCUGGAUGAGGAACAGCUGCUGGACGAUGAGGAGCUGCAGCCCCCCAGGAGCAAGACCCCGUCCCCGCCCUGCACGGCCAGCAAGGUGGUGCGGCCCCUCCGGACCUUCCUGCACACCGUGCAGAGGAACCAGAUGCUCAUGACCCCGACCUCGACCUCCCGCAGCAGCACCGUCAAGAGCUUCAUCAAACGCAACACGCCCCUGCGCACUGACCCCAAGAGCAGCUUCGUUGAAAAGGAGCGGCAGCGCCUGGAAAACCUGCGGCGGAAGGAGGAGGCCGAGCAGCUCCGCCGGCAGAAGGUGGAGGAGGACAAGCGGCGGCGGCUGGAGGAGGUGAAGCUGAAGCGUGAGGAACGCCUCCGGAAGGUGCUGCAGGCCCGGGAACGGGUAGAGCAGAUCAAGGAGGAGAAAAAGAAGCAGAUCGAGCAGAAGUUCGCUCAGAUUGACGAGAAGACCGAGAAGGCCAAGGAGGAGCGGCUGGCUGAGGAGAAGGCCAAGAAAAAGGCCGCGGCCAAGAAGAUGGAGGAGGUGGAGGCGCGCAGGAGGCAGGAGGAGGAGGCGCGGAGGCUCCGGUGGCUGCAGCAGGAGGAGGAGCGGCGGCACCAAGAGCUGCUGCAAAAGAAGAAGGAGGAGGAGCAGGAGCGCCUGCGGAAGGCGGCUGAGGCCAGGAGGCUGGCAGAGCAGCGUGAGCAAGAGAGGCUGCUGGCCGAGCAGCAGGAGCAGGAGCGGAAGAGGGAGCAAGAGCGGAAGAGGGAACAGGAGCGGAAGAGGGAACAGGAGCGGCUCCAGGCUGAGAGGGAGCUGCAGGAGCGGGAGCGGGCCAUGAGGCUCCAGAAGGAGCGGCUGCAGCGGGAACUGGAGGAGAAGAAGAAAAAGGAAGAGCAGCAGCGUCUGGCCGAGCAGCGGCUCCAGGAGGAGCAGGAGCGGAAAGCCAAGGAGGCAGUGGCAGCCAGCAAGGGCCUGAACGUGACCGUGGAGGUGCAGUCUCCAGCCUGCACCUCAUAUCAGAUGACUCCACAAGGACACAGGGCACCCCCAAAGAUCAACCCAGAUAACUAUGGGAUGGAUCUGAAUAGUGACGACUCCACUGAUGAUGAGGCCCAACCCCGGAAGCCCAUCCCUACCUGGGCCAGAGGUACCCAGCUCAGCCAGGCUAUCCUCCACCAGUACUACCACCCCCCAAACCUUCUGGAGCUCUUUGGAACAAUCCUCCCACUGGACUUGGAGGACAUCUUCAAGAAGAGCAAGCCCCGCUACCAUAAACGCACCAGCUCCGCUGUGUGGAACUCACCCCCAUUGCAGGGUCCCAGGGUCCCCGGCAGCCUGGCCUACAGCCUGAAGAAGUACUGAGGCGGCCCGGGCCUUCUCGGCUUCCCCAGCUCCUGUCUGUCUGUCUGUUCACCUCUUUUGGUCGGUGCCCUCUUGCCCAGCGUUUUGUCGCAGAGGGCUUGGUCCUAUGUAUAUAAAUGUUCUCUGUGCCGUGGGUGGAAAGUGGCCCGGAUCUGUUUGGAGGCUGUGCUUCAGGCCCAGCCUCGCCCAGCCCAAGAGCAGCCCUCUGUAAAUAGAUUGUUAUAAUUUAGCUGAAUUUUAGCCGCUAGUGUUUGAGCUAGAUUAAUAAAGUCUAUUCCUUCAAGCCUGUGGCAGGUAUUGUGGAGAGGAAGCCUGAGCAACAGGCCCUGGCCCGGCCCUGCAGAGUGCUGGGGCUACCAGAUGGGCGGGAGGACCAAGGCACUGUUCUGGGUGUGAUUGAAAGUGUCCUGGGCCGCACCCCCAGAGAUGCUGGUCCAGCCUGUCAGAGCAGCCGUCACAGUUGACCUUCCCAGCACUCAUCACCUUUAGCCCCAGAGGAGUUGUCAGCCUCCCUGUUCCCUUCACCUGGGUACUUCUGAUGGGGUCAGUGUCCGGCACUCAUUGGGACAUCUUCAGGACAGGAAUCACACUUCGAAGCAAGAGUUUUAGUUAAAACGUCACUAGUCAUGUGUUGUCAUGUGGUGUGUACAUGCAGCUUGAGCUGUGUGUGGUGCCUCCCCCACCACCCCGACUCCAGAUCCCUGUUCUCCAUGCAGAAGGCUAGUGGGAACUAAAUGAGUUAAGAAAGCUUUGUCCAUUUUUAAAAAGCUAUGAUUUGCAAUGGCAAAUGACAUCUUUUAUAUGAGCAUAAAAGAUCUGAAAGGUUUGCUUUUCCCCCUUGAUAUCAGAAUGCAAUACCUUUUGAAAUACCUCAUAUAAGGCUUAACUUUGGGUCUUUGGAAUGUACCUAUGGGUCUGGAAAUUGGACACAAUUGUUUGGUUGAAUGAUCUGUUCUCAAGGCUGAGAGACUGGCUAUACGAACUAAUUAAAGAGAUCAGCUUCUGGAUUGUGGAACUUCUGGGGAAGUUCCAAAGGCAGAAGUGUAGGGCAGCUAAAAUAUCCCUACAUAUGUCAUUUUUGGCAAAAGCAACCUCCCACCCAACCUUCAGAUGCCCUCCCAUAAAAUCAACCUUUUGCCAAGUCUGUCAUCCAUUUUGAGUUGAUUUUUGUGUAUGGUGUGAGAUAGUGGUCUACCAUUAUUUUGCAUGUGACUGUCCAGUUUUCCCAUUUUUUUUUAAGACACUUUCCUUGUUCCAGUGCAUAUUCUUGGCUCCCUUGUCACAUUAGUUGUCCAUAUAUGUGGGCUUUCGACUUGAUUCCUUUGGUCUGUGUGUCUGUUUUUGUUCCAAUACUGUGCAAUUUUAAUUUUUAGAGCUUUGUAGUAUAGCUUGAAGUCUGGGUGUGGAAUGCCCCAUUCUCCCCAUUUUUAGUCAGGAGUGCUUUGGCUAUUUUGGGGUUUUUGUAAUUCCAUAUGGAUUUCAGGAAUAUGUGUUCCAUUUCUUUGGAGAAUUGCUAUUAAGAUUUUUAUUGGAAUUACAUUGAAUCUAUAUAUUGCUCUGAGUAGAAUGGCCAUUUUGGUAGAGAUUUUUUUAAUAUGUCCAAUUGUUUCAAGACAAUUUGUUGAAAAAAUUAUCCUUCCCACACCGAAUUGCCUUUCCGCCUUUGUAAAAGCUAAGUGACCAUAUCGAUGUAUCUUUAUUUGUGCACUCUAUUUAGUCCUGUGGCUCUAUCUUUAUGCCAAUAGCAUGUCCUGAGUGCUGUAACUUUGUGCUAAGUCUUGAUGUAGUCUAAAUGUGCUCAUAUUUUUAGAGUUGCUUUGGCUGUUGUAGUCAUUUGCAGUUCAAUAUGAAAAUUUAACAGUAAAAAAGCCCAGGAGAAGUCUAACAAGUACAGGCACCGCUCUGUCUGUGUGGGAGAGGCCCAGCGUAACUAACACGUGGCUUCAGAUACCAUCUUAAGCAGAGGUUUAAAAAAUGGGCCAGAAAGGGAAUCUAUGCUGGGUCCCCACCCAGACUUACCUACCUAAUCUCAUUACCUCUCAGCCUCUCCUGAAGUGUCACCCUAAACUAGUCAAUCUGGAGUUCCCUGUUAGCCCCCUUCAUCCCACCCCACUCCAGCCUGCCCCAGCCUUCCCUAAUGGAAAACAGGACAAAAUCUUAGUGUUUUUGUAUUUGGCACAGAUUACUUGGCAUGCGACACUAAAAGUAUGAGCUCUAAAAGAAAAAGUUACUCAAAAUUUAAUUCAUUUUGCUCUUUUUAAAGUUACCUACUCAGGACCUCCCUGGUAGUCAAGGGGUUAAAGUCUCAGCGUCAUUGAGCUGUCCCCAGGCACAGCAGACCUCUCCUGUCUCGCCUGCUGCGCCCCUCCGCAGUGUGUUUCUGUAUUUCGGUUCUGCUCCCCACUCUGUCUCUGGUGAAUCCUCUCACCCCCCGCACCUCUGGCCUGUACCCCAGUUCUUGUAUGCAUAAAUCAAUAAAAAUAAAUUUUAAGUUACCUACUCAGUAAAGUCAGGAGGAAAAAAAAUGUCAGAUGGUUUCAUGUAUGUGGAAUAUAGAGAAACCAAAGUGUCAGGAAAAACAAAAAAGACAAAACUUGCAAGCUGACCACGGA